AAGGAAGUGAGGAGAGAGAGAGAGAGAGAGAGAGACUGCGCUCAGGCCUGAAUUCUGAAAGCGAAGUUUGUUGAGCGAGAGAGAGAGAGAGAGAUUCUAGGGUUUUUCCUGCUUCCGGCCGACGAUCUAUUCGGUAUGGCUUGAGGAGGAUUUAUUCUGACAUGUGCAUAGUUGCUGUCUACUAGACAAGAAAGCGUUGUUCCUGGUAUCAGCGGAUAGCAUGUACAAGCAUGAGAUAAUUUUGUUGUGUUAGACAGUAUGACUCUUGAAGAUUUCUUUACUCUUACUGAAAUGAAGAAUGGCUUUGUAUCGCUUGCUAGAGUUGAAGAGCUGGUAUCGAUCAUGCAACAGCAGAAGGAUUUUGUUAUUAGUAAUAUCAGUGAUACAGCAAGACAGUGGUCAACUGUAGCAAGCACAUUAACAGCCACAGAAAACAAAGAUUGUCUUGACCAUUUCAUUAAGUUAAAUGGGCUUUUCUACCUCAAUCAAUGGCUUCAGGGAGCACUUAAAUGUAGUAGUGAUGGUGCUGACUUUGCUGUUGAAGAAUUGUUAAACUCAUUGUUAGGAUCACUUGAGAGGCUUACAGUCUACACGGAAGACUUAGUUGCUUCUGGAAUCCAAUUAACCGUUGAACAAUUUGUUGGAUUCAAAAGUCUUGACAUCAAGGAAAAGGCAAAAACUUUAUCUGAAAGGUGGAAGCAUGCAACAAAAAAUGGUAUUAGCCAACAAGAUAUUGAUAAAGAAGAAAAAUGUGUAGACGACAACGUCAAAAUUCCUAAUGAUGUUGUCGCAGAUGAUGUGAACUCAGCAUAUCCAGUUCUUCAGAAUUCUACUUGUACAGAGGAAUCAAAAGAAAAUGUUGCAGGAUGUGUGGAGGCUUCCCAACUAGACAAGGCUGAAGACAUGCAAACUUCAACAGAAAAUGAGAUUGUGGCUGCUGCAGAUUCCAAUUUAGAAAAUAAAAAUGUGUUGCCUUCUGCUCUUGUUCUAAAUCCUUGUGAGGAGAAAGUAACUGGAAGAGAGGAUUCUUCACAAUGUCCUGCAUCAGACAUUGCCUCCAGUGCCAAAUGCAGUCGAGGUGCUCCAGGAGAUGUUGCUGACGACCAUUGUGAUGCUUCCAAGCUUAAAGAUGACAGCGUGAAAGAUACAAAGAUGGAGGCAGAUGCAGAGGGAGAUAUCACAUCCAAUCCUGGGCUAACUGAUAGUUGCUACCUUCCAUCAUCUUCUGGCUUGUCGGUUUCUUCACAUGCACAUAAACCUGGACGCUCUAUAUCCUGCAAUUUUGAUGUCAAAGAUUUCAAGUCGUGUACAUCAGAUACCCUAGAGGCUCUGCCAAGGUCUGCAAGUAUUGACUGCGUGGUACCAAAGUAUUUGAGAAAAAUGGAUUCCAAACCUGAUAUUAAAGAUCUGUUAAGUAACGGGUACAAACUGAGAAUGAACACUGAUCCAGAGACUUCUCUCAGCGAAAAGGAAGAAGUUGGAAGCACUCGCGAAGGCAAAAUGUUUGGUAGUGUUUCCAAGCAGAAUUUUAGCAGAAUAGAGACCGUUGCUUCGCAUGAUUUUUCAAAACCAGCAGAGAAGAAGGCAACUAAUAAUAUGGAUGAAAACUCGGAUCUGGGACUUGAAUAUGGAGAAAUUGAUGCGCUAGAAGUUGCAAGGCAGGUUGCAAUCGAAGUUGAACGUGAAGUUGUUGAUUACAGAGAACCUUUCUGUAGCUCUUCCCCUGACGACAAUUUAGAAGGGGACACGAGUCCCCAGUGUUCUGAUGACCAGAAGGGUCAACCUGUAAAUGAAAAGCAAAAUGGGAUAGGUUCAUCGCCUCAUGAAGAUCUUGAUGAUGCUUCAUCAACCAAGGAUGACAAUAAUUUAACAACUGCAGGAACCAACACAGAUCCUGGUAAAUGUGAACAGGAUGUGGAAAUGGCAGAACCCAUUACCCAAAAUAGGUGCACCUUUGAUCUGAAUGAAGAUGUUUGUGUUGAGGAAUCUGAUUGUGUUUCUAACCACACUGUCAAUAUUAAUGCACCAAUAGUUGUUUCUGCAUCAAAAGGAGCUCCAGUUCUGCCUGUUAGUCCUCUGCGCUUCGAAGGUGAACUCGGUUGGAAGGGCUCUGCAGCCACUAGUGCUUUUCGUCCAGCAUCUCCUCGAAAAACUCCUGAUACUGACAAGACAUCUUCUGGUCAUAAACGGAAAGCAAAUUUAAUUGAGUUUGAUUUGAAUGUAGCAGACAGUGGAGAUGAUGAUCAAAUUGAUCACGUGUCAGUUAAACCGAAGCCUAUUUCCUCUAGUAUCCAUUCUCGGGAUGAUUCUGCAGAAGUCAGUUCAAGAAGAGUCGACAAGUUCAAGUUGGACCUCAAUAGUCUCGGAGAAGAGGAUACAUCUCCAUUUCCAUCAUCAUCUCAUUGGAGUCUUCCAACCCAAAAUGGCGACCGAACCAUGUCUCCCGCUUCAUCAUCGACAAGAGACUUUGACUUGAAUGACAACCCGGGCUAUUUUGAUGCUAUGGGAUCUCAUAACCCGAGCAGAUUUCCUGUAAAGGCCUCAGGUAUGCAUGCCAACUCUAAACCGGACAAUGUCAUUACUAUCAUGGGUUCUAAAAUCUCAGAGAGAAAGGACUAUCUUGAUGGAGCUUCAUUAUCUUUUAUGGCAAAUGGACCUAGUAUUGAUGCUAAUGCUAUGACAUCUAGGCCUGUGAUGCCAUAUGCUCAGAUUCCACAUCCUGUUUAUGGGUACAAUGGGUCUGUUAUUGGGCCUCCAAUGCCUUAUCCGCCACCAUUUUAUGCUCCUGGGAGCAUCCCAUAUAUGGUAGAUUCUCGAGGUGCGACCGUCGUACCUCAGAUACUGAGCACCCCAGUAUUAAACGCUCCAUCAUCAUCGAUGCCCCCUUUUCUUAUGAAUGUUUCAAGUACAAAUCCAGGGUUGAAUGUGGCAGGGACUUCCCAGUCUGGAUUGGAUUUGAAUUCUGGUUUUUUGUCUUUAGACACAGGAAUUAGGGAAAGUGGGAAUUUUAAGAAUUUCUUCGUGCCACAAGGCCAAAAUGGCUCGACUGCAUCGCAGCCUACAUCCUGGCGGUGAACCCGAAGGAAUCAUAAUGGAAAUCUUAUUUGAGUUGAGGGGUUCAUUUAUUUUUCAUAGGCUCCCCAGAUCUCUCGGAGGCGCCUCUGGUGAUUCUCAUGGAUUAUCGUCCACAUAAUUUGCCCGUCUUAAGCAUGGAUGAGCCGAUGUAACAUUGUCGGAGUGACAUUAGAGAUGAAAAGGUCAAUAAUGGUAGUAGUAGAUAAAUUGCGGUGAUUGAUUGCGAUAGAGAAUAGAAAAAUGUAGGUAUUAUUUAUUGUUUCAUAAUGCUUUUAUUCUCAAUGUUCAAUACUGUAGGCAGUGGCCGUGGGUUUUAUGUACCUGUACAUUUCUCAUAAAUAUCCUAACAUAGUGAAGCAGCAGCAGCGGGAACCCUCACGGUCUUUUUCUAACA